UUGAUCUACUACCUCUGAGAGCUGUAGAACCAUCUCUCAGGGCAAUGGAUUCUUCGGGAUUGACCACUACUGUCCUCCUGGCUUUUGUCUUUUUCCUGAUCUUAUCUGUAUGGAUCCAAGGAACCAAAAGGGGAAGGCUCCCACCAGGUCCCACUCCUUUUCCCUUUAUUGGCAACAUCCUGCAAAUAAAUUUGAAGAACAUGCUUGCAUCAUUCUUGCAGCUGGCUGAAAAAUAUGGCCCCAUCUAUACUAUUUAUAUUGGAACUAAGCGUAUAGUGGUGCUAUAUGGGUAUACCAUGGUCAAGGAAGCUCUAAUUGAUCAAGGAGAUGUUUUUAUGGAGAGAGGAGAUAUGCCAAUAUUUGAAGAUUUAUUCAAAGGAUUAGGAGUUAUUUUCAGUCAUGGAGAGAGGUGGAGAGAACUCCGCAGAUUUUCUCUCAUGACCCUGAGGAACUUUGGAAUGGGGAAGAGAAGCAUCGAAGAGAGAAUUCAAGAAGAAGCCCAAUGUCUGGUAGAAGAGCUCAGGAAAACAAAGGGUCAGCCCACCGAUCCCACCUUCAUCCUUGGCUGUGCCCCAUGCAAUGUGAUCUGUUCUAUCCUCUUCCAUGAUCGAUUCAAAUACGAUGAUGAGAAAUUUCUAUAUCUGAUGAAAUUGUUAAAUGAAAACUUUCAUCGGUUCAACAAACCAUGGGCACAGCUCUACAACUUUCUACCAGCAUUCAGAAUUUACCUCCCUGGAGAACAUAAAAUAAUUUUUAAAGGUGGUGAGGAAGUUAGAAAAUUCAUUUUGGAAAGAGUGAAGGAACAUCAAAAGACACUGGACCCCAACAACCCUCGAGACUACAUUGACUGCUACCUCUCUAAAAUGCACCAGGAAAAAGAUAAUCCUAAAUCUGAAUUUCACUUAGAGAAUCUAACAGUGACUGGAGCAAACUUAUUUUCUGCUGGAACAGAGACAACCAGCAACACUCUAAGAUAUGGUCUGUUGCUCAUUCUGAAACAUCCUGAGGUCCAAGCAAAAAUUUAUGAGGAAAUUGAUCGUGUGAUUGGAAAUCGAGUUCCUUCCAUCAAAGACAGACUGGAUAUGCCCUAUAUGGAUGCUGUGGUGCAUGAAAUACAAAGAUUCAUUGACCUCGUACCUCUCAAUGUGCCCCAUGCAUUAACCCAGGACACAGAAUUCCGACAAUAUUUCCUCCCCAAGGGCACAACUAUCUUCCCAUUGCUGUCCCCAAUCUUGUGGGAUAGCAAAGAGUUUCCCAACCCUGGCCAGUUUGACCCCCAGCACUUCCUGGAUGAGAAUGGGAAAUUCAAGAAAAGUGACUACUUCGUGCCCUUUUCCAUUGGAAAACGGUCUUGUCUUGGAGAAGGCCUGGCAAGGAUGGAGUUGUUUUUGUUCUUUACCACAAUUCUACAGAACUUCACUCUCAAAUUAGUUGGAGAUCCAAAUGAAAUUAACAUCAAGACCAAUUUUUCUGGGUUCAACAAUAUUACACCACAUUACCAACUAUGCUUUCUUCCUCGCUAAAGAAAGAGAUAAAGUUGAAUUAGAAAAGUUAAUCGGCUAAUUUUAUCUUCUGCACUCAAUACUCUCAUGUUUUUGAUUGGAAUCUUUUUUUGGGGAAAUAAAAUUUCCCACCUUUUGAUUAAAAUUACUUCUAAUUUUCAAAGACAA